AUGUGCUUCAGUGACCAGCUGGAUCGCCCCUGGCUCUCCAUCACCGUCUGGUGGCUGGUUUUAAACUUCAGCCCCAGCAAGCAGGAGCUGUUGACCAUCUCCAAUGUUCCCUUGGCAGACUGCCCUCCCUCUCCCCCUCGCACUGCACCCCCCACCAUGAAGACGGCCCAUUUCUUUGACAUGAUGGACAAGAUGGAGCAGGUACCAGAGGCCACUGAGAUGAAGACAAUCCCUCAGAGACAGAAGGAUGACUACAUUCCAUAUCCCAGGAUUGAGGAGGUGUUGGAGAGAGGGGGUCCUUAUCCCCAGGUCAUCCUCCCAGAGUUUGGAGGAUACUGGAUUGAGGAAGUUGACGCUCCGCCCACAUCUCAACCUCCCUCCGCCUCUGCUGAGAGUAGCCUGAGCCACAGGGAGGAAGAGGAGGAGGCAGGAGGAGUAGAAGGAGGAGGAGAAGAAGAAAGGGAGGCCUCGCCUCCUGGGGGUUAUGGGUAUCAUCUAGAGGAGAUUAAUGAGUCGGCGCUGGCAUAUCGGAAACACUUCCUGGGCAAGGAGCAUUUAAAUUUUUACUGCUCAACCAGUAGCCACGGCAACCUCCUCCUUUCUGUGAGACAUGAGGAACUAAAGGCGCAAGAAUACCUGCAUGUCAUGCUCAGGUCUCGUGUUAAGACUGUUUACCACAGGCUGUUGCUAGGAGAUCUGCCUGAAAUACCCAGUGUUCCACAGCUUGCCAAGUUGCUCUGUGAGGAUGCAGUUGGUCUGCGGUUCAAUCCCGUCCUCUUCCCCAAGGCCUCUCAGCUGAUAGUGAACUACGAUGAGCAUGAGGUGAACAGCACAUUUAAGUUUGGAGUCAUCUAUCAACGUUUUGGCCAGGUGUCUGAGGAGGAGCUUUUUGGAAACAAUGAGGAAACACCAGCAUUUACCGAAUUCCUCGAUCUGCUGGGAGAAACUGUAGACCUCCAGGACUUCAAAGGAUUCCGAGGGGGUCUGGACGUGUCGCAUGGCCAGACGGGCUCCCAGUCGGUCUACACCGUCCACAGAGGACAAGAAAUCAUGUUUCAUGUCUCCACCAAGCUGCCAUACACAGAGGGAGACACACAACAGCUCCAGAGAAAACGACAUAUAGGAAAUGACAUCGUGGGGGUGGUUUUCCAGGAACAGGCCACACCUUUUGUUCCCGAUAUGAUUGCCUCCAACUUCCUCCAUGCCUUUAUCCUGGUCCAGGUAGAGAGGCCCUGCUCGGACCACACUACCUAUAAGGUGUCCGUCACAGCACGAGAGGAUGUGCCAUUGUUUGGCCCGCCCCUUCCAAACCCCUCAGUCUUCAAGAAGGGUCCGGAGUUCAGGGAGUUUCUUCUCACAAAGCUUAUAAACGCAGAGACCGCCUGCUACAAAAGUGACCGCUUUGCCAGACUGGAGGAACGGACAAGGGCUGCUCUCCUGGAUGGCCUCCAUGAUGAACUGCACAGGCGAACACAGAGCAUGCUGGGAUUGACUUUGGGUUCAGAGGAAGAUAGGGCAGAGAAUGGUCACGCCCAUGGAGGAUUACUGGAAUCUAUCAAGAGGGCGAUGCGAGGGCGAAGUGUCUCCAUGGAGACCAUGGCACGGGGUGGAGGAGGCCUGCCCACAAGUCUAAGUGGUGGAGGUCUGGCUCACAUCGGCACAGAGACAUCUAACGUGAAGUCUCCAGUGAAGAGGCGAUCGGGUCUUUUCCCCCGUCUGCUCAGCAUCGACAGCCAGACAGAGAAACACAACCAUCGCAGUCACUUUAGUGAGCAAAGAAGCUUUGACAGCUUCCACAUUGCUCAAGAUGUGAGGUCGGAGACCCCCUCGAGUCCCAGCUCUCCAGACGGCUGCCACAGCAAGGACAGGCUCCACAUGAAAUCCAAAGACAGCAGCAGGAUUUCUCGUUCUACAUCCAGCACCGGUGAUUUCACCUGCACCACAGGAGUAGGAGAGGCAGCCGACAAUUCAGACCCUGUGACCCUUGAAAACUCCGCCCUGACAGUGGAAGGUCAAAGUUCAGGGGCCCCGGUCAUCAUGUGUUGCAGUCCCACAGAGCUGAAGAAUAAAAGCUCUCCCAGGUCCAACUUAAAGUUCCGCUUUGACAAGCUGAGCCAUUCCUCAACGCAUGGACACUAAAUAUCGAUUAAAGACAUACAAGAGGAAGUAGAGAAGAAG